CCUGAGAACAUCUGUUGUAGAGCCCUCUGCUCCUACACUGAGGCUGCCCCUGUAGAGACCAAUGCCCCACCCAGUGGGCCCUUGCCUUCAGCCAGCCACCGAAGCCUGGGUACCCAGGUCGCCAUGGAUCGGAUGAAGAAGAUCAAACGGCAGCUGUCGAUGACACUCCGAGGGGGCCGAGGUGUAGACAAGACCAAUGGUGCCCCUGAGCAGAUAGGCCUGGAUGAGAGUGGUGGUGGUGGUGGCAGUGACCCUGGAGAGGCCCCCACACGUGUUGCCCCUGGAGAACUUCGCUCUGGACGGGGCCUACUCAGCGCUGCACAAGAGAUUGUACACGAGGACUUGAAGAUGGGGUCUGACGGGGAGAGUGACCAGGCUUCAGCCACAUCCUCAGAUGAGGUGCAGUCGCCAGUGAGGGUGCGCAUGCGCAACCAUCCCCCACGCAAGAUCUCCACUGAGGACAUCAAUAAGCGCCUAUCGCUACCAGCUGACAUUCGGCUACCUGAGGGGUACCUUGAGAAGCUGACCCUCAAUAGCCCCAUCUUCGACAAGCCCCUUAGCCGCCGCCUCCGUCGUGUCAGCCUGUCCGAGAUCGGCUUUGGGAAAUUGGAGACCUACAUUAAGCUGGACAAGCUGGGCGAGGGCACCUAUGCCACUGUCUACAAGGGCAAAAGCAAACUAACAGAUAACCUUGUGGCACUCAAGGAGAUCAGACUGGAACAUGAAGAGGGGGCACCCUGCACUGCCAUCCGGGAAGUGUCCCUGCUCAAGGACCUCAAACAUGCCAACAUCGUCACACUACAUGACAUUAUCCACACAGAAAAGUCCCUUACUCUUGUCUUUGAGUACCUGGACAAGGACCUGAAGCAGUACCUGGAUGACUGUGGGAAUGUCAUCAACAUGCACAACGUGAAACUGUUCCUGUUCCAGCUGCUCCGUGGCCUGGCCUACUGCCAUCGGCAGAAGGUGCUACACCGAGACCUCAAGCCCCAGAACCUGCUCAUCAACGAGAGGGGAGAGCUCAAGCUGGCUGAUUUUGGCCUGGCUCGGGCCAAGUCAAUCCCAACGAAGACGUACUCCAACGAGGUGGUGACAUUGUGGUACCGACCCCCUGACAUCCUGCUGGGGUCCACAGAUUACUCCACCCAGAUUGACAUGUGGGGUGUGGGCUGCAUCUUCUAUGAGAUGGCCACAGGCCGGCCUCUCUUCCCGGGCUCCACGGUGGAGGAACAGCUGCACUUCAUCUUCCGCAUCCUGGGAACCCCAACCGAAGAGACAUGGCCAGGCAUCCUGUCUAAUGAGGAGUUCAAGACAUACAACUACCCCAAGUACCGAGCCGAGGCCCUUUUGAGCCAUGCACCCCGACUUGACAGUGAUGGGGCCGAUCUCCUCACCAAGCUGCUGCAGUUUGAGGGUCGUAAUCGGAUCUCUGCAGAGGACGCCAUGAAACAUCCAUUCUUCCUCAGUCUAGGGGAGCGGAUCCAUAAACUUCCUGACACUACUUCCAUAUUUGCACUAAAGGAGAUCCAGCUACAAAAGGAGGCCAGCCUUCGGUCUUCAUCAAUGCCUGACUCAGGCAGGCCAGCUUUCCGUGUGGUGGACACAGAGUUCUAA